CACAGAGGCAACUACCGCAGAGGUAAAGGAUUAAUCAUCUCUGAUGCUUCAAGUUUCACAAGUGAUCCUUUGGGACCUUCCCAUGAAAGGGCAGCGUCCCCGCUGUCAAUCAGGCUGCUUGGAGCUCCCUCUAGCGGGGAAUGAGGCUCCCGCUCUUCAUUGCAUACUGUAUCGCCUUCGCGCGUACUUUCGCUUUCUUGUUUGCUUUUUGUAGUGCGACGACCAGGAGGGAGAGGGAAUAAAAGCGAGAGAGAGAAAGAGAGUUGGACGAAGAAAAGGGUCAGAGACCAGCAAGCAAAGCCUCCGAAGAGGGAACUGAGCUUUACUGCAUAAAAAUCGGACAGGCAGCAGGAAACGAGUGCACCUAGAUCCACAAUGGUUGAAGACUUUGAGGUAGCCAUUUUUCAGGGCCAAUUGGCAGAUGCUGUGUCGCACGUGCUGGCAAAACCACUGCACUUUUUCAACAGCACUCCACUCAACAUUGCCGUAGUAGGAGAGCCCGGCUCCGGGAAGUCUUCCUUCAUCAAUGCCAUGUUGGGUCUUCAUGCUGAUGACCCGCGUGCCGCUGCGACCGGCAUACAGAUGACGACAUUGCAAGUCAAGGAUUACCCACACCCGACACUUCCGCAAGUGAUCCUUUGGGACCACCCCGGAAAGGGUACGCCAACUUUUGGGGAGGACAAAUCUGAGAAGAAGGCUGAUUUAAAUCAGUUUGAUUUCUUCUUCAUCGUCGGCUCCCAACGCUUCCGCUCCACCCAUUCUGACCUGGUCCAUGAGAUCCAAGAUAUGGCCAAAAAUUUCUACUUUGUGCGCACCAAAGCAGACCUGGACCUGUCGGCCGCCAAGAGGCAACAGCCAUCCGACUACAAUGAAGAGAAGGUCCUCUUGCACAUCCAGGAGGACAGCAAAGAGUGCUUGGUAAGAGAAGGAGUGAGGGACCCACAUGUCUUCAUCGUCUCCAACUGGGAAGCCAACCGCUUUGAUUUCCCCCUCCUGCAGGAAACGCUGAAGAACGAUCUCUUGCGGCUGAAGAGGCAAGUCUUUCUGCACCGCUUCCCUAGCAUCUGUCUGCCUAUCUUAGAGAAAAAGAAAGCCUCUGUGAAGGAGAAGAUUUGGACCAGUAGGCUUUGCUUGCUGGUAACUCUUGGAAGCCCAGUUCCUUUCCUUCUUCCCAUGUUUCUUUUUAGUAAGUUCCGCUCCUGGUGCUUCCUAGACUUUGGCCUGAAUGAUCGAUCCCUUGCAGCUCUGGCCCAGCGUGUUGGAAAGACAAGCACAGCCCUUAAAGCAGCAAUGCAGUCCCUGGGAAUGUUCUCUGCCAUUUUAUGGGUGCUGCCAGACUUGGUGGGACUCUCAGUGAUGGCUUAUGAAUAUCACCGCUGGGAGCAUUUCCCCAUCUUUGGCUGCCUUCUGUCCGGAGGGGUUUCACUUCUUCGCACCUACUUCAUGCUGCAGAAAUGCAUAUUGGGUGCUGCGGAUGACACCCAGAGGGUUCUGUCCAAAGCUCUUGAGGCAGAAGGGGGAAAGUCCAUUUAGCAGCAAACAGCUGUACAGAUGUGUCUGCAGGGAUAGCAGUUUGUGCAAGCUUCUGUGGACUCUCAAGUCAUGUCUUGGAAACCUAGAAUAUUAUGACUAAGUGCUUGAUAGAGCAUCUGGAGAAUUAUACAGGUUUCCAUUUUUAAAACAACCACACCAAAAGACAUUUUAAAAAAUAAUGAUCAGAUGAUCAGGUUUUUUAUUUUAAAAAUUCAAUAAAUAUUAGCCUUCUCAUUUUUUAAAAAACAAAAACCUAAGUGAAAUAAUCCGAAUGCCAGCAUAAUACCCCUUCAGUUCCUUUUUAAAAAUUAGUAUCUCUACGUACAGUAAUGUAUAAGAAUUAAGACCAAUACCAAAAGGAGACUUUGGGACAAAUGGACUUUUUACUAGUCAUAAUUCUUUCAGUCCACUAAUGAAUUGUUCUGUAUCUGAUGUCAGACUAGAAAAAACUAGCGACGUAUUUGAACCUGCUUGCAAGGAUGGUCUCAAAUUAUCAUUUAUGCAGGCUGCAGCAUUCACUGUUUGUGUGUGUGUGUGUGUGUGUGUGUGUGUGCGCGCGCUGCCUUUGCUUUUUUCUUUAGGAACAAGAGUUAGCUCUAUAUCACAAGUACCAUGCAACAUCUAUUUCAGAAUUUUCUUUCCCUCAUACACACUCAAACUGAAGGAGGGCAUCCAGAUAGACAGGAGCCUCCACAUUUGUUAAAUAGAAAGUCGAGGUAAUUUUAAUCUCUUUUAGUAUUUUAACUCUUGCUUAUCUUAAAGCACGGCUGUAAUUGUUUCCUGGUUUUAUUGUUUUAUCUCUUUGCAAACCACUUUGAGGUUUUAUUAAAAUUUAGUGUACAGUAUAAGGUUUCAUGAAAUAAACUAAUUGGUUAAAUGAAUCUCCUUGCCACUGCCACUGUUAUAAUCAACGCAGCUUCCACAUGGUCACUCUAAAUAUUUAAGAAAUGUCCAGAAAAUCCGGGUGUAUGCCAGCCCAUGACGAUAGCGUAGCUUUUUUUUUUUGUGAGAAAAAACCAUACAUUUUUGUGUCUGGAUUUUCUCCUUUUGAAAUAUGGCCACCCUAACUAAUCAGCUUUCAGUUUUCCAUAAGAAAUAUUGUGAAUUGUCUGGACCCCCCUCCAGGCUGGUGUCUUUUGUGGGUGUUGACACAAUAAUAAUGCAUGAGUGGGAGAGUUAUACUGGGCCAUCCACAUACCAUUCCACUCUUUAUUAAGAGUUUUGCAACACUUCCCCAAGGUCACUCAGUUAUUAUUGCCAUCUGGAAGGUCACUCUUGCUCUGUAAUGGGACAAAAGUGAGCAACACACACACCCAUGCAUGUUACGAAAAAGCUGCAGGGCUUUAUGAGAAAGGUAUGGAGCCCAUGCCUAUUGCAAACAAAGCAGUAUGACCAUCCCAAAACAUUUGCAGAUGCCCCAAUAUGAGCUCAGAUGUGAAUGCUCAAUAAAAAGGACAUCUGGAAGAUCCUACAGCCUUCCUCAAACUGAUGCCUUCCAGGUGUUUUCUACUUCAUUCCCCAUCAUUCCUGGCCAUUGGCCAUGCUAGCUAGAACUGAUGGGUGUUGUAGUCCAAAACUUCUGAAGCAUAACUUGCUUUGGGAAGGCUGAGGUGAAAUACUACGAUACAAUGGGAUUAGGACAGAACUAAACCACCCCUCCCACAAUUUACCCCUCUAUUUGUGGUUGACAAUGGUGGAUGCCAACCGUUUGUUUCAUUGUGGUGGGUCAAAACGAUGCAACCUGUUUCGGGAGGGAAUGACAUUUCAAGUGGCAUUCAUUUAGGUCUGUAUAGAUCAGGCCCGUAGAUCAAUGUUAGCGCUACCCCCAGAAUGAUGAAAUUGGAAGGACUGGCUGAUUGGGCAAGGAGAUCCACAAAGCCACCCAACUUCUGUUUUAUCUUCCGGGAGGCUUGCUCCAUGUUCUGUCACCGGGUGUUGCCAUUUUCCUAGCCUGGUCUAACAGGACCAGCUCUACUAUUAGCCAGUGUGAAGCAGCUGCCUCAGAUAGCAGACGCUAAGGGUGUGCAUAUUGGGGGAAGUUCAGUGGUGGCGGCUAUUCCUGACCGUUCCUCUUAAGGAUCCCCCUUAGCCACUCUCCUCUUUUAAGAUGCCAUGAGACCCUUUGCAUACCCUCCAACAUUUCUCCGGUGAAAAUAGGGACGUCCCAUUCCAUAAUGAUAAUUUUACUAUUUAUGACCCUACACAUUUUACUGGGUUCUACCAGCCACUCUGGGCAGCUACCAAUAAAUAUAAAAACAUAAUAAAACAUUGAACAUUUUAAAAUACCGUAACUUCCCUAUACAAGAUUGCGUUCAUACGGCUCAGGGGUCAGAUAACUCCAUACCCUCCAACAUUUCUCCAAUGAAAAUAGGGACAUCCUAAGGAAAAGCAGGACGUUCCAGGAUCAAAUCAGAAACCAGGGCAGGAAAAUAGAGGCACUUGCUGUUUCUGCUUCAACAAACCAAUAUGGCUACCCCUUUGGAAGCAGCCUGCCUGAGUCCCCUAAGGCCAUUUCCCUCAUGUGAGGAGAGGACAGGGCUCCACUGCCAGUGUUCAAAAGUCAUUCAAUGGCUGAUCCAAUUGCUUUCUGUCCAUGGAAUGGAGUGAGGGGCAGCGGCCAUUGUUGGCUGAGGUGAAGGACAAGAUGGCCGCUUCUUCCUCAGAGAACUGAUGUCAGGGAUUGUGAAUGUGGUGGGGGCAGGGGGCCAGGAGGCUGACCCGGGAGAGGGAGCCACUGAUUUAUGGGGCGGGGAGUCCCGACAUGCAGCAGCCAGACCAGGAGGAGGAGGAGGAAGAAGAGUUGGGGCAGGAUGAGGUGGAGGAAGAAGAAACUGUUCAGCCAAGGAAUGGGCCAGUUGACGCCCCACCUUCCCCUGCUCCGCCAUCUCCUAGAACCAGGGGGGGCUUGAAGAGGAAUGAGCAGCAGUGGCUUCCGUGCAGAAAAAGUUGCCCUGUGGGAGCUGCUGUAGGUGUUUCUCUGGCCAAUAAAGUGUCAACUACCAGCCAUGCAUCUCCACAAGGUGCUACAGUGGGCCAUGACCGUUAUGUUUCAGUGUGUUUUAACCAAAAAAAGCAAAACCACACAUACAAAAUCCAAGCUCACAAGAUCCCUUGUAGCCCAAAUUGUCUGUAGGCAGUGGCGAACGAAGCCGCUCCGGCACUCGGAGUGGCAAACAUAACACACCCCAGUGGCGGGGCGUUGCCAUGUAGCGACGCUGCGCAUGCACGCUACUAGCAGGUUGCCGGCAGCGCUGGUCCGCCCC